ACAAAAUGCUAUUUAUGACUAAAUUAUAAUUUAGAACAUGAUUUACUAAUUGUGAAUUUAAUUUUAUUGAAACACGUAUUGGAAUACAAAUAUAUAAAAUGGAAGAAAAACAACUUUACGGUGCGUUAACAGUUUAUCGUGAAAGAGGUGCAUGUUUACGUCGCCUCGAACAAUUUGAGAAAGCGAAAGCCUCUUUUGAUGAGGCUUUUAAGAGUGCACCAAAUGAUGUACGGACACUUACUGGUCGCAGUCAAGUGUGUGCUGAUGCUGUACAACCAAUACAAGCGUAUGCAGAUGCUGAAGUUGCACUUAAGCUCGAACCUGGUAAUAUGAUAGCACGUAAUAUGCAAGCCCGAGCUAUGUACACAAUGUCCGAUUUUGAAAGAUCCGUUGUUAUGAACUUCCGGGGUGUUAGAGUUCGUCGUCAACCACCUUAUUUUUUAGAAGGGAUUAACCAAGGUAUUGAAACUAUACAAGAUUGCAUAGGAAACAAUGCAGGCGGUGUUAUGUUAGGUUUUUUGCCCUUAAUCAAAGAAACAGAAGCAACUCGCACAGAUAAAAAUGCACCUCAAAAAUCCCUUCAUGUCUCUAGGAUUCCACAACCAGAAAGAAAACGCAAAUUGACACAAAUAGAAGCACGGAAACAUCUGACUUUAUCUAGAGUCCUCGCCAUGAAAUAUCUUGGACCAAUGGCAUAUGAUAAAUUUUUUCUUCAGGAGCUUACGGAAGAUCCUCGUAUAAAAUCUGCAAAUUCAAGUGGCAGUCUUCAAUUGAAAGCUAUUGUAAAGGAGGCACUUCGUUCAUUAAAUGAGCGUCAAGAUAUGUUGCGCUCACAACGACCAUAUUAUACUAUUAAACUAGCAGAAAAGGCUGAAUCUAAAUACCAAAAUAAAUAUAAGGAGGCUAUAUUAAUAAAAGAACGCGAAAUAGGGGCACGUACUUCCGAACGUCUGUUAAAACAAAUUGAAAAAAGCUUACGUGACAAUCGUAUAAUGGACUUGAUAGCACAAGCUGAGCGCAUGCAAUUGUUUCUUGAUUCGAAAACGCCUCGAACACUGCCUGACAAGGAAGUUUACACAGAUCGAUUAUAUAGGGCAGUCGGAGAAGGGUAUCUGGCUCAGCAUCGUUUAUCUUAUACUCUCAGUGAGCGUGGAAAUCGCCGAAGGAUUGCUUUCCUUAUGGGUCUUCCUGUAGGUCGACCGCAGUCAUUUGAUUCUGUAAUGGCCAAUUAUCCAUACAAGUUUAUUGAUAUCAAACAAGCGACGGAGAAAGUGAUCACUACGCUUGAGAUGUGUGAAAAUGCUACAAUGAAAUGCUGGUUAAUGUAUGAGCUUGCACGACUUUUAUGUACUCAAAAAAACUAUGCACUUGCAAAAUUUUAUGCAAAAAGAUGUCAAAGAGAAGCUCAGGAACUAACGAACGUCACGUGGUGGUUAAAUGGAUGUUUCGUGUUAAUGAGUGGUGAUAUGCAACAAGGUAACGUUAAUGAGGUCCGUAUUCAAGUUGAAGAAGCUUACGAAUGGUCAAAGAAAUUACAAGACCCGGAACGCGUCCAAGCGUUUUUAUGUAAAUGCGCGGAAAUGGCAGCGGAAGCUGUAUCUGCCGAUGAACGCAAGGCAAUAAUACAGAGAGAGAAACAAAUAGUUGCCAUCAUGGAUGACUCGCAAAAGGUAAAAACUCAAGUACUAUUUAAACGUAUGUCGACUGUUCCAACUGGCAGGCGAUUUUCGGUAUUACCUCGUAAACAAGAGUUUAGCCAAGAACGUGCCGAGCGUCGUCAACGUCUCCAAAGAGGACUGUCAGUUAUUCCGGGACAAGAACGGACUUUACCUGCACCACCUCGAUCGGGCACUCUUGGUUUUCAGCUUUUCGAUAUAUAA